AUGGCGCGCACGAAACAGGUGCCCAGCAAGCGCCAGGCGUCUUCCGAGUUCUUCAACAAGGAAAAGGCCGAGUGGGAGUCGUCCAACGGCAAGACGAAGACGAAUGGCUCUGCAAUCGCCAAGAGCGCGCCGGUCAAGGCAGAGGCCGGGGUCGUGCAGCUGGUCAUUGCCGUCUCUGGCAUCUACGCCUCCUUCCUGACGUGGGCGUACCUGCAGGAGAAGCUCACGACCACGCGCCACGGCCCCGCGCAGGAGGUCUGGCACUUCCCCGUCUUCCUCAACACCAUCCAGUCCGUCUUCGCCGGCCUCGUCGGCGUCGCCUACCUCGUCCUCUCCACGCCGCGCGGCGCCCCCGUGCCCCCCGUCCUCCCCUCCGCCGGCAUCCUCGCGCCGCUCGCGCUCGUCGCCGUGACCUCGAGCCUCGCCUCGCCCUUUGGCUACGCGAGCCUCGCGCACAUCGACUACGUGACCUUCCUCCUCGCCAAGAGCUGCAAGCUGGUGCCGGUGAUGCUGCUGCACGUGACGCUGUUCCGCCGGCGCUACCCGCUGCACAAGUACGCCGUGGUGGCCGCCGUGACCGCCGGCGUGGCCGUGUUCACGCUGCACUCGGCCGGCAAGAAGAAGACGUCGGGGAGGAUGGGGGAGGGGAGCGCGGCGUGGGGGAUGCUGCUGCUGGGGAUCAACCUGCUGUUUGACGGGCUGACCAACAGCACGCAAGACCACGUAUUCACAGCGUUUAAACCAUACUCGGGCCCGCAGAUGAUGGUCGCGAACAACGCCAUGAGCUCGCUGGUCACGGGCGCGUACCUGCUGGUCGGCCCGGCGGUACUGGCGGCCACGGGAGCGGGCGAAUGGCUCGGCGUGGGUGCCGGCGAGGCGGGUGAGCUGGGCGCGGCGCUGGCGUUUAUGCGUCGCUACCCGGCGGUCUGGAAGGACGUCCUUGGCUUCGCGGCCUGUGGCGCCGUCGGCCAAGUCUUCAUCUUUUAUACGUUGGCUACGUUUUCGUCGGUGUUGCUGGUGACGGUGACGGUGACGCGCAAGAUGUUCACCAUGAUCUUGUCAGUGCUCGCGUUCGGACACCGGUUGACGGGGAUGCAGUGGCUGGGCGUGGGGCUGGUGUUUGGCGGGAUCGGCGUGGAGGCGGCGAUUGCGAGGCGGGACAAGCUGGCCAAGGAGGCGGCCAAGAAGGAAAAGUCUGGGUGA